AUGGACGAGGAUCGACGCAGGGCGAAACUGAAGAAGAACCAACAACGAUGGCUGGAGCGACAGGAGCGGUCAAGGUUGAGCCGCGCCGAAAUUCUUGAGCUGCGAAAACGCCUUGAGGGGUUACGUGCCUCACUUGACGCUAUAGAUACUGGCGGUCACGCGGGUGGGCAGCAAGCGGAGGCGAUGGAGCCACAUGAAUACACGCACUUCAAUCAACUACCUCUGUCGCAACGCACACAGCUCGGCCUUGAGCGCGGUGGCUACAAACGUAUGACGCCCAUUCAGAGUGACGCGCUGCAUCUCGCGCUUGCAGGAUACGACGUGCUCGGUGCGGCCAAGACAGGCUCCGGCAAGACGUUGUGUUUUGUCGUGCCGGUGCUCGAGCGGCUUUUUGUCGAGCAGUGGGAUGCGGAACUUGGCGUUGGGGCGCUCGUCUUAAGCCCCACCCGUGAGCUCGCACUGCAGAUCUUCAAGGUGCUGCAGCUCGUCGGCUACAAGCACACCCUCUCCGCAGCGCUUCUCACCGGCGGUCGUGACGUGGAGGAGGAGCGGAAGCGUCUGGCAGCGAUCAGUAUUAUUGUCGGAACACCGGGCCGCGUGCUGCACCACCUUGAGGAUGACGCGAACCUUGUGACAGACAACAUGCAGUUGUUUGUCAUGGAUGAGGCCGACAGACUGCUAGACAUGGGCUUCCGUGACGCCAUUUGCGGUAUUCUGCGGCACCUACCCACCGCCCGGCAGACGCUGCUCUUCUCCGCGACGCAGACGACGGAUGUUCAGAUGCUUGCCCAGAUGUCGUUGCGGAAUCAGCGUUAUGUUACAUCACACGCAGUCACGGCUGCACCCACGCCAGCGACGCUCUGCCAAAACUUUAUUGUGCUUGAGCUCCACCGCAAGUUGGACGCCCUUCUCAUGUUUCUCAAGCGGCACCCGAAUGAUAAGACGGUCGUCUUCGUAAGUACCUGCAAUCAGGUGCGGUACAUGUAUCUCGCCUUUUCCAAAAUUCUAAAGAAGAUGCGUAUCCCAUCCAUGUGCCUCACGAGCAAAAUGAAACAGUUUCGUCGCGAGGAGGUCUUCUUGACCUUCUGCCGCUGCAAGGCCGCUGUUCUCUUCUGCACCGAUAUUGCUGCACGCGGACUGGACUUCCCGCUUGUCCAUUGGGCCGUGCAGUACGACUGUCCGGAUAGUGCACAAACGUACAUUCAUCGUGCCGGGCGUACCGCACGCGCCGGGGCACGCGGGGUGAGCCUGCUAUUUCUAACACCGCAGGAGACCCCCAUGCUGUCGUUUCUCGCCCACAAGCAUAUUCCACUGCGUGAGAUCGCCAUUCGUCCUGGGCUGCUGCAUGAGUCAAAGGAGAUUUUUGUUGCGUUGGUGGUGCAGGGGCUCAAGUAUGAGGCGCAGAAGGCCUUCAUCGCAUACCUCCGCUCCAUCUACUUUGCCGCCAACAAACACGUCUUUGACGUGAGCGCCAUCGACCUUGGGGCCUUCGCCCACUCGCUAGGGCUGCUGAAGGUUCCUAACAUGGCUGAGCUGCAGAACCUGCGACGGGGGGCGAAGAAUUUGCCCUGGGACGUCAUCAACUACAUGGCUCAACGUGACAAGCAACAAGACUCCCAAACGCAGCAGCAUGUCACACGCCGUGAGAAACACCUCGCCGCGUCGGACAUGUUUCGCACGAUGCAGCAAAAACAGCGCUACGCAACGCAUGACGAUGACAGUGAUGACACGGGCGAUAAUAUUCAUAAUAGUGGUAGUAAUACGGCGAAGGGGAAGCCCUAUGCUCCCGGCAGUAGAAGCGAUAACGAGGGGGAGGACGAGGACGAUGGAUUCCUCAAGAGACGUCCACGCACGACCAGCACCUUCCUGCGGAUCAACGACAAUAAGCGCGACGGCAACAAUGACGGUGGUGGCGGCCCUGAUGAGCCGCAGCAGCAGCAGGGAACAACAUCAAUGCGGCUCACCCUGGCGGAGCGCAUGGCCGGGCUCUCAAAGCGUAAGGUGCGGAAGUUCAUCCAGGCAGCAGAUCUGCGUGUGCGGGACCUCGGCCUUAGCGAACACAUCGUCUUCUCUGACGAAGACGAGGAGGAGGAGGAGGAGGGCAGCAGUGAGCGCCGCAGUGCCCUCCUUGCAGCGGCGGUGGGGACGAAACACGAGGGAAAUGACGAGCAGGACAUAAACAAUGCUGAGUACGCAGGGCAACUGCGGGAGCGCAUGUUGCGGGAGGCAGGCAACGACACGGAGCGCGCGAAGCGACUUCGGCGGCUGCGGCGGCUGCAACGCAGCGGGAAAAUCACGAAACGCGCAUCCCUCAGCGAAACCGCUGACUCUGCCACCAACGGUGGCAAGCGUCCCGAUCACAGCGACGACGACGACGAGAGCGACGGCGGUGACAGUAAUGGGUCUUUUGCGCGACUUAUCAAAGCCGCCAGGGGCGAAUUGUACUCUGACGAUGACGACGGCAGCACGUCCCCCGGAACUAGCGAGAAAGACACGGCGCAGCGACCCAGGCGCAAGAAGGCCAAACACGCGUAA